UAGUAUUCUGUAGCCUCAAAAAUAUCCUCUGUGGUCGAUUGUCAGAUUUCUCUAAGGUUAUUCGUCGUUCGGAUAAAUUUUAUAUUUGUGUUUUUGUCUAUGGAAGUCUUUCUUUUACGACAAAAGUCAAAAUGAAGAUCGGACUUUGUGCCUACAGUGGAUUCAAAAUAUAUCCUGGCCAUGGAAAAACCAUGGUUAAGGUUGAUGGCAAGUCUUUCACAUUCUUAAAUUCAAAAUGUGAAGCAGCCCAUUUGAUGAGGAGGAACCCACGUAAAGUAACAUGGACCGUGCUCUACAGGCGCAAAUUCAAGAAGGGUCAAGAAGAGGAACAGGCAAAGAAGCGUACCAGGAGAACUCAAAAGUUCCAGAGAGCUAUCGUAGGUGCUUCCCUCAGCGAUAUUAUGGCUAAGCGUAACAUGAAGCCAGAAGUCAGGAAAGCUCAGAGAGAUCAAGCUAUUAAAGCAGCAAAGGAACAAAAGAAAUCAACUAAGGCUGCAAAGAAGGUCACCACAGCACCAACAAAGGCGAAGGCGGCACCCAAAGCUAAGGCCGCUAAAGUCAGUCAGAAAGCAGCGCCGCGUGUUGGUGGAAAACGAUAAGACAUUCUAAUAAAAAAUCUUUAACCAA